AUGACAGGCCCGGCCACCCGCACCGAGAACAGCAGCAGCUGGGGGGAGGGGCGGAGAGCGGGGGCAGGCGGGUUCUGGGGGCUCAGGGGGAGACCUGAGGCGGGGAGGAGGGUGAGGGGGGCCACUGGGCCACGGGGCAGUCCAGAGGCCGCAGGCGGGCGGGGGGGCAGCCGGCUGGGCUGCGCCCACCCCAGGUCACCUUGUCUGCACGCAGGGCUGGCCACGGGACAGGACACCAAUGAGUUUUUCAUGGACUUCCUGCAAACACUGCUGGUGGGGACCCCAGAGGAGCUGUACGAGGGGCCCCUGGGCAAGUUUGAGGUCAACGACGAGGCCAGGGCUGCGCUGGGCGAGCUCAAGUCCUGCAUCGAUGGCCUGCAGCCCACGCACAAGGCGGAGCUGGUCAAGCUGCUGGUACAAGUGUUGGGCACCCUGGACAGCUCCUAGCGACCCCGGGCACCACAUGGAGCCGGCCCAGAGCAGCCAGCACCGCAGCACCACUGACCACAGUGGCCGAGGGCGGCUCCCCGGACUGUCGGAUCAAUAAAGCCUCCCGCAGCGCA